AUGAGAUUCGAGGAGCUACUGGACCAGGUGGACGGCUUUGGGCCCUUCCAAGUGUGGAACGUGGCCCUGAUGGCCUUGCCCCGAGUGCUGCUGCCCAUGCACUUCCUCCUGCCUAUCUUCCUGGCUGCUGUACCUGCCCACCACUGUGCCCUGCCUGGUGCCCCUGUCAACUUCAGCCACCAGGACGCAUCCCACCUGCCCUAGGAGCCUGAUGGCACCCUCAGCUCCUGCCUCUGCUUCACCCACUCCCAGGCCCUCCCCAACACCAUGUUUGGGGGAGUGGGUUAGAGCCCUGGGCAGCUGGAGGGUGAGCCUUCCACAGGGCCCUGCCCUCAGGUCUAGGAGUAUGACCGCUUGGAGUUCUCCACCAUUGCAACUGAGUGGGACCUCGUGUGCGAGCAGAAAGACCUGAACAGAGCCACUUCCACUUUUUUUUUUGCUUGUGUGCUGGUGGGGGCCGUGGCCUUUGGAUACCUGUCUGAUGGGUUUGGGCAGCACUGUCUGUUGCUGGUGGCCUACGUGAGUUCCCUGGUGCUAGGCCUGGCAUCUACAGCCUUGGUCAGCUACAUCAUGUUUGUCAUCACCUGCAGCGUCACUGGCAUGGCUCUGGCUGGCUUCACCAUCAUCGUGAUGCUACUGGAAAUGGAAUGGCUGGACGUGGGACACCGCACUGAGGCAGGUGUCCUGGACAGCAUCUUCUGGACAAGGGAUUGAUGCGUGAUGCUGUUGGCACUGGUCAGGUACCUGAUACGGGACUGGCUGUGGAAUGCCCAAGAGAGGGAUGUGGCUGUUGGGCUCUGCCUGACGGGCCUCCUGUUGUCCCCCAGGUGGGUGCCAGAGUCUGCACACUGGCUUCUGACCCAGGGCCAUGUGGAGGAGGCCCACAGGUACCUGCUCCACUGUUCCAGGCUGAAUGGGUGGCCCAUGGGUGAGGACAGCCUGAGCCAGGAGACCCUGAGCAAAGUAGUUACUUGAGAGCGAGUGGUACAAAGACUGUUGUACCUAGACUUGUUCCGGACCCCACGGCUCCAUCACAUCUCACUAUGCUGUAUAGUGAUGUGGUUUGGAGUGAAUUUCUUCUAUUAUGGCCUGAGCCUGGAUGUGUCAAGGCUGGGGCUGGAUGUGUACCAAAUGCAGCUGCUGUUCGGGGCUGUGGAGGUCCCCUCCAAGCUGUUGGUCGACCUGUUGGUGCGCCAUGUGGGACACUGUCUAGUGCAAGCAGGAAUGCUGCAGGGCACCGCCCUUGCUUUGGGCAGUAGUCUACUGGUGACCACUGGGAAGAUGUGGGCCUGGUGCACCACUUUGGUGGUGAUAUGGAAAAGUUUUUCUGAAGCUGCCUUCACCACUGCCUACCUGUUCACGUCGGAGUUGUACCCUACUGUGCUCAGGCAGACAGGGAUGGGGCUGACUGCACUGGUAUGCCAGCUGUGGGGCUCUUUGGCCCCAUUGGUGGCCUUAGUAGAUGGAGUAUGGCUGUCACUGCCCAAGCUCACUUAUGGGGGGAUUGCCCUGCUGGCUGCCUGCACUGCCCUCCUGCUACCAGAGACGAAGCAAGUACAGCUGCCAGAGACCAUCCAGGACGUGGAGAGGAGUGCCCUGUCCAGCCUUCAGAAGGAAGAGAUGCCCAUGAAGCAGGUCCAGGAUUGA